CUCAUGACAUGGUUGGAAUGAGUACGUGGGAUAUGGAAAUGAGAAAGGGAUGGUAUGGUAAAACAUAAACAUAAGCAUAAAAGGCAUGGCAUGGCAUGGGAUCCAAAGUGAUUUUGUAUUGAUUCUGAUUGGGUCGGUGUUUCCCGAGAAAGAGAAAGCGGCCCCAAUUUGAAACUGCAAUCCCAAUCACUCUCUUUUUUCUACUAAACCUAAGCAAUUUAAUUCUCUUAUGCCAUUGGCGAGCGCAUGUGCGAAUUGAGGCAAAGCAAAGAUCAGACUCUGAGAGAAGAAGAAAAUGGUUUCAUACGUCAACAUCUUGCUGUACGGUGUUGGAGGCUUGGUGGUCGCUGGCAUGGCAUUGCUCGUCGCGUUUCAGGAAAAGCUCGUUUACGUUCCCGUUUUGCCUGGCCUCACCAAAUCCUACGCCAUCAACCCCUCGCGUCUCAGACUCACUUACGAGGACAUCUGGCUCCAAUCUUCCGAUGGCGUUCGCCUUCAUGCUUGGUUCAUCAAACUCUUCCCUAAUUGUCGAGGUCCCACCAUUUUGUUUUUUCAAGAAAAUGCUGGAAAUAUUGCUCAUCGUCUUGAAAUGAUUCGCAUAAUGUUGCAGCAGUUACAAUGCAAUGUUUUCAUGCUUUCUUACCGAGGUUAUGGAGCAAGUGAUGGCUAUCCUUCUCAGCAUGGAAUCAUUAAGGAUGCUCAGGCUGCAUUGAAUCAUCUUUCCCAAAGGUCUGAUAUUGACACAUCUAGAAUAGUUGUAUUUGGACGAUCACUUGGGGGUGCAGUUGGAGCUGUACUAACAAAAAAUAACCCUGACAAGGUUGCUGCACUUAUACUUGAAAAUACAUUCACAUCUAUAUUGGAUAUGGCUGGAGUUUUGUUACCUUUUUUGAAGUGGUUUAUUGGAGGCAGCUGUUCAAAAGGUCCUAAACCACUCAAUUUUCUUGUACGUUCUCCAUGGAGAACUAUUGAUGUUAUUGGCGAGAUCAAGCAGCCUAUCCUCUUUCUCUCUGGAUUGCAAGAUGAGAUGGUCCCCCCAUCACAUAUGCAAAUGCUCUAUGCUAAGGCAGCUCCUCGUAAUAAUCAGUGUCUCUUUGUGGAGUUUCCUACUGGCAUGCAUAUGGAUACUUGGCUGGCUGGUGGUGAUCACUACUGGAGAACAAUUCAAGAGUUUCUUGAACAGCAUCUUCCAGAGAAAAGGGAAGACAGAUCAUCCAAAAAUGAAAAUGUUGCAGCCCGUAAGAGCUCCCUGUGAGAAGAUGCUUCCUAGUUCCUACUGGGAUGUGCUGCACCGCGUCAAGCUAUUUCAUUGGACAAUUUUGAUUGGGUUGUGGUUUCCAGAACUUGGAAGAUGCCCAGAUAAUUUGUGAUACCCAUUUGCUAUACUGUACGGCGUCUACAUUUUAGAUGCCAGAUCGAAUUUGACAAAUGACAUGUAGAAUAAUAAUUAUUCACCUACAUGUAGUUUAUGUACUAUGCUUUUAUGCUGCUGCUGUUAAUUAAUGGGUUCAUGUCUUUCAUAGCACGCUGAGACAG